GAUCAGGCUCGGGGGGAGAGUGAGGAGCAGCAUGGAAAGGAACAUGGUCCCUCUGGCAUUCUGCUGCCUGUUCUUCUUCCUCCAUGUUUGCAGGGGCCAGUUCCCAAGGGCAUGUAGCACCGCAGAGUCGCUCCUGAGCAAGGAGUGUUGCCCUGUGUGGUCUGGAGAUGGGUCCUCUUGUGGCCAGCUAUCAGGAAGGGGUGUCUGCCAGGAUGUUGUCCUGACCAGCUCUGCUACUGGCCCUCAGUUUCCAUUCUCUGGGGUUGACGAUAGAGAGAACUGGCCAACAGUAUUUUACAACAGGACGUGCCAAUGCCUUGGCAACUUCAUGGGCUAUAACUGUGCAGACUGCAAAUUUGGCUUCAGAGGGCCAAACUGCACAGAGAGAAGAACAAUGAUAAGAAAGGAGAUAUUCCGAAUGAGCAGUGCUGAGAAGAGCAAAUUCGUUGCCUACUUGAAUUUGGCUAAGCACACCACCAGCCGUGACUAUGUCAUAGUCACUGGCACCUACGCCCAGAUGAAUAAUGGCUCCAACCCUAUGUUUGCGGAUAUCAACGUGUAUGACCUCUUUGUCUGGAUGCAUUACUAUGCCUCCCGUGAUGUCUUCAUAGGAGAAGAUGCUCUCUGGAGAGACAUUGACUUUGCCCAUGAAGCUCCGGCUUUUGUGCCCUGGCACAGGUACUUCCUGCUGCACUGGGAACAUGAGAUUCAGAAACUCACAGGAGAUGAGAAUUUUACCAUCCCUUUCUGGGAUUGGAGAGAUGCCCAAGGUUGUGACAUAUGUACGGAUGAGCUUCUGGGAGGGGUCCAUCCCACCACCACCAGCCUAUUAAGCCCGGCAUCCUUCUUCGCUUCAUGGCAGAUAGUAUGCAGCCGCCCUGAGGAAUACAAUGCUCAGAGGAUCCUAUGCAAUGGUACCGGGGAAGGGCCCCUGUUCAGAAAUCCUGGUGGCCACGAUCGGAGCAGAACCCCCCGAUUGCCUACAACAGCUGAAGUUGAGCUGUGUCUGUCAUUAACAAAUUAUGAAACGGAGCCCAUGGAUCGGUCGGCCAACUUUAGCUUCAGGAACACCCUGGAAGGAUUUGCAGAUCCACGAACUGGGAUAGCCAACCGCUCUCAAAGCAACAUGCAUAACUCGCUGCAUGUGUUCCUCAACGGCUCCAUGUCUUCCGUCCAAGGAUCGGCCAAUGACCCAGUUUUUGUCUUGCACCAUGCUUUUGUCGACAGCAUCUUUGAGCAAUGGCUCAGAAGACACGGAGCUUCAGUAGACAUUUACCCAGAAGCCAAUGCACCAAUUGGCCACAAUCGUGGCUACUACAUGGUUCCAUUUAUUCCUCUAUACACAAAUGGAGAAUUCUUUGCCGCUUCUAGAGAUCUUGGAUAUGAUUACGAUUAUCUAGCAGAAUCAGGUUCCAUUGAAGACUUCCUUUUGCCCUACCUGGAGCAAGCGCGACAAAUCUGGCAGUGGCUGGUAGGCGCGGCUGUAGUUGGGGGACUCAUUACUGCUGUGAUUGCCACUAUUGUCGGCUUGGCGUGCCGACGGAAAAGAAAAUUCCCAUCGGAGGAAACGCAGCCGCUGCUCAUGGAAGCCGAAGAUUAUCAACCCACCUAUCAGUCUCACCUAUAGAACCCAAACACUAGCUAACUGUAACUAGCUACUCGUGAACAAAUUUGUAUACUAAUUUUUAUAUUCGGUGGGAGCCAACUGUGUGCUCCUUGUCUAAUGUGGGAAGUAACUAGUUUUAACCCAUUUUAUUGCCUAAGACUUGGGUUCCAGGGACCCACAGAACAGCAUCGACUACAGGCCCACUCUCCGUCCUUCUCUCACUUUAUUCUCUUAAUGACUUCUCCUUACAUUCAACCUUCUUCCUUCCAUUUCUCCUCUUUGUUCUCUUAUAGAGAUGGAGAAUGACCAUGGUCUCGGCAUAACAGGCAAAUGGUUGGGUGAGCAGGGGGUCCCACCUAUACCUCGGCCCACUGGGACUUUCCCAAUAUCCCGGGGACCCAGUCCGACACUGGCCUUGAGAGGAAAGUCAUAUUGCCCAGUCAAGUGGAUAGAGGGUUAAUCAAGUUGUGUAACACACAAUGUACUUUUUAUAAAUAUAUAUAUAAAAAAUAUAUAUAAUAUGUAUACUUCCCAAUUGAUAUGCCCAGCCAUCCCUAUAUGUACAAAGCUGAAAGAUUAAGGUUUAAAUUCCAUGUGAUAAGGGCUACAAGUAAAUAAUAUUUGGGAGAAA